CUGCAGGCAGAGCUCCGUUCUAAUCCGGCCCGAUGUGCUGACGGAGGUGGAACCGCUCCAAUCCUCUCAGGAAGUCUGGCUGUCUGUGGAACAGCAAGGAGGAGGGCAAAGGUCACUGCAGGCGGCCUCUGAUUGGCCCAGGCAGCCCUGACAGACAGCAGGUGUUUACAUAUAGAACCAGUGGACCGGGCCGGUCUCCUCCUCUCAUUCAGAACCUCAGCAGCACAGUUCCUCAGUUCAGCUGUUCUCCAUCUCCACCAUCAUGAGUCCAAAAAAUGUAAUUUUUAAGAAAACCUGCAAAGACAAGUCGGUCGGCGUGUUCAUGGGGAAGAGAGACUUCGUGGACCGAGUGGACUCUGUGGAUCCAGUGGAUGGCGUCGUCCUCAUCGACCCGGAGGCUCUGGCCGGGAGGAAAGUGUUCGUCACCCUGUCCUGCAUCUUCCGCUACGGCCGCGACGACAUGGACGUGAUCGGCAUCGCGUUCCGCCGGGAGCUCUACCUGUCCACCCGCCAGGUUUACCCGCCGCUGCAGGACCGGGACAAGGCCGUCCACACCAAGGUCCAGGCCAAGCUGCUGCGCAAGCUGGGCAACAACGCAUACCCCUUCUUCUUUGAGGUGACCGGAGCAGCCAAUCAGAGUCGGCCUUACUGCAGAGCCAGGCGAAAACCUGAAAUUUGUUUUUCUUUCCAGUUUCCUGACAACCUGCCUUGCUCAGUGGCUCUCCAACCAGGACCCCAUGAUGUUGGGAAGCAAUGUGCCGUGGAGUUUGAGAUUAAAGCGUUCAGCGCCGAGAGUCAGGAUGCAAAAGUUCGCAAACGGAGCACAGUGAAGCUGAUGAUCAGGAAGGUCCAGUACGCUCCAGACAUGCAGGGGGCGCCACCUUCCGUUGAAACCACCAAAGACUUCGUCAUGUCCGACAAGCCGCUGCAUGUUAAAGUCGCUCUGGAUAAACAGCUUUAUUACCACGGAGAGACGAUCCACGCUCACGUCAACAUCACAAACAACUCCAACAAAAACAUCAAGAACGUCGUCCUUUCAGUUGACCAGGUUGCCACGGUGGUGCUGUACUCCAACGACAGCUACGUCAAAUGUGUGGACAUCGAGGAUUCUGGGGACUCGGUGUCUGCCGGAGCGACGCUGCAGAAGGUCUACAAGCUGCUGCCGCUGCUGGCCAACAACCGUGAGAGGAGAGGCAUCGCUCUGGACGGGAAGCUGAAGCACGAAGACACCAACCUGGCCUCGUCCAGCAUCGUGAAGGAAGGAGUCCUGAAGGAGGUUCUGGGAAUCAUGGUUUCAUACAAAGUCAUGGUGAAGCUCAUCAUCGGAGGGAUGAUGGGAUCCAGUGAGGUCGGCCUGGAGGUUCCCUUCACACUCAUGCAUCCCAAACCAGAAGCAGUGAAGGAGAGCUUUAGAUCAGAUUAUUCAUCAGCUCUUCUCUCUACUGUGAGAUGGAGGAUGAGUUGGUGUUCCAGGAGUUCAAGCGCUCCUACCUGAAGGGAAUCAUGGGCGCCGGCGAAGAUGACGAUGAGGAAGGCAACGUGUCGGGCGGAGACGACAUGGCGCCCAAGGAGAAGUAGAGACGCUGACGUGUUGGGAUGUGACGUCACUGUUUUAAUCCCAUGUUUUAGUGAAGUCCGGCUCCUGCAGCUCAGAGAUUUUAGUUACCAUAGAAACGAGCUGCAGCUUUUCUAGACCAGCUGUUGUUUUGUGUUUGAACAAUAAAAACUAUUGGACUCCAUCUUAGAUCUGAUUUUAUGACAUGAAUUCAUAAACUACUGGAUUGAAAGGAAACGGAAGAUUAUUGUGAUUUAAACAUUUUCUACUUUACACCAUGGAAUAAUAUUCAUUACAUGACAAGGUUUGAUUAAAACUUACAUUUUAGUGGACAGAAAAAGGAUUUUAAUUACGGCAUAAAGAGUUUGCUACUGUGGCAGGUUUAGAUAAACAC